AUGUCUUCAGUUGAAGAACAACCAGCAAAAAAGAUUCGUUUGAAUUCAGGAGGGUCGAUCCCAUCAAAUGAUGUAAUAAAUAAUAAAGUCAGUUCAGAAGGAAAGAUGACUCGUGAAGGGGAUGUUGGAAUUACUGAGUUUGUUGAUCCAACAAUUCCUGGAUUUUCUGGUGAUAUCAAACAAAGAUUCUCCGAUUUUUUGGUUUAUGAAAUUGAUAAUGCCGGGAACAUCGUUCAUCUUACAGAUUUCAAUCUUCCAGAAAUAAAAUCUACAAAUAUUAUCAAUUCUCGAGCCAUUGAGACACAAAAAGAAGAACCUGUUAAAAAAGAAUUAUCAGAUGAACAAAUAUUUCAGGAAAUGAGAACUUUGCUUGAUGAAGAAACUUCAUUACAAGUUCAAAAUUUACUAAAUGGUAAAAAUAAUUUCGUCGAUACAACGGUUGAAAAAGAUAAAGAAAAAAGGACAGCUAUUCAUCGAUUCUUUAAGAAUUAUUUUGGCGAUAAAUUGAACACAGAGACAAAAGAUGGUACAAUAAGGAUCAGUAUGCACACUAACGAGACAAGGAAAGACAAAAGAAAUAAGCAGCAAAAAAAUGACGCUUGGGAUGCAUUGGGUGGAAGUUUUUGUCAGUUUACUUUAUAUAAAGAAAAUAUGGAUACUAUGGACGCCGUUAACUCUUUGAAAAAGCUCUUAAAGUGUGGCUUUCAUCAAACUUUUCAAAAUCGUCGCGCCAUAAGCGUACAGAAGAUAACCGCAAAUAGGAUAAAGGCUGAAAGAUUGCUUGGAAUCAAUCGAAAGUCAAGAGGAAUGAAAUUAGGAAAUUUUGAAUACGUUAAGGAUCCAUUGAGACUUGGCGAAUUGGGAGGGAAUCAUUUUGUUAUUACAUUAAAAAAUAUUCAAGCAGGAAACGAAGGAAUAAUUACAAAAGCCAUGGAUUCUAUGCAAUCACGUGGAUUUAUUAAUUAUUUUGGCAUGCAAAGAUUUGGUACUUCAUCCAUUCCCACAUUCCACAUUGGUCGUUCACUUUUACAAAAUAAUUGGGAAGAGGCUAUCGAUUUGAUCAUGAAACCACGAUCCGGAGAUCGUCAGGAUCUUCAAACAGCAAGGCAACAUUGGAUAGAGAAUCAUGAUGCGAAAAAGGCAUUAGAAUUGUUUCCCAAAAAAUGUAUUGCAGAGACUUAUAUAUUAAAUUAUUUUACAAAAACUGGUCAAAUUAAAGAUUACGCUGGGGCUUUUGCGACGAUACCAAGAAAUUUACGUCUUAUGUAUGUACAUGCGUAUCAAUCAUAUGUCUGGAAUAGUAUAGUUUCGGAGAGGAUACGUAUAUAUGGUUGUGAUGCUCCGGUCGUAGGCGAUUUGAUUAUUAUAGAUGAAGAUCCGGGUGCGAAUAUAAAUAGUGAUUAUAUAAUAGAUGAUAGUGUUAUUGUUAAUACAGAUGAUAAGAAGGAAAUUAAGGUGAAAAUACUCGCUGAAGAAGAUUUAAAGAACUAUUCAAUAUUUGAUGUGGUGUUACCUUUACCUGGAUAUUCUGUCGUUUAUCCGAAUAACAUCAUAUUUGAGAAAUAUAAAGAACUAAUGUGGAAAGAUCGGUUGGAUCCACGUGAAAUGCGAAGAAGUAACAAGGACUUUUCUUUAUCUGGAUCAUAUAGGAAAAUCAUGGGAAAGCCAAGCGAUUUAUCAUGGAAAUUUUUUAAAUAUGACGAUUCAAAUUUAUCAUUGGCCUUAACUGACUUAGAUUUGUUGGAUGGAAAGCCCGAACCAGAAUCAUUACCAGUGUUUGCGGCAGAACGUGCAGUUGCUAUUAAUGCAGUUUUACAAGCCAGUAAGGUUUGCCAAAAAGUAUUCAAACAACUUGUUAAUAACGAGACCAUAACUAAAAAAGACAAGAGCCCAGUAACAGUUGCUGACUUUAGUGCACAAGCUGUAGUGAAUACAAUUUUAUAUCAUUCUUUUCCGAAUGAUCCAAUUAUCGGAGAAGAAGAUACUAAGGAUUUACGCGUUGAAUCAGGAAAGGAAUUAAGAGCGAAAAUUCACUCUUUAACUAAUUCUAUAUUAGAUGAUCCAUUAGAUGAAACAACGUUAUUGGAUGCUAUUGAUCGAGGAUCUUAUCCUGGUGGUUCACAAGGAAGAAUGUGGACACUUGAUCCAAUCGACGGCACAAAAGGAUUUUUACGUGGCGAACAAUUUGCAGUUUGUUUAGCAUUACUUGUAGAUGGUAAAGUUCAAUUAGGUGUUAUGGGAUGCCCUAAUUUACCAGUAGAUUCUAAAGUUCCAGAGGGAGAAAAAGGGUGUUUAUUUAUUGCGGAAAAAGGUCAAGGAGCUUUUCAGAGGAAAUUUUCUUCAACGGAAGAAACGAAAAUCCAAAUGGCCAAUAUUUCUUCGGUACUAGAAGCAUCAUUUUGCGAAUCGGUUGAAGCAGCACAUUCAUCUCAUGGGGAUGCUGCAAAAAUAGCUUCACUACUUGGUAUUACUAAACCACCUAUUCGUAUGGAUAGUCAAUGCAAAUAUUGUUCAGUGGCUAGAGGUGAUGCUGAUAUUUAUUUACGUUUACCGACUCGAGAUGAUUACGAAGAGAAUAUAUGGGAUCAUGCGUCCGGAGCUCUUCUAGUUCAAGAAGCUGGUGGUAUAGUUUCAGACAUUUAUUCAAAACCAUUAGAUUUUUCUUUAGGAAGAACUUUAAAGUCUAACAAAGGUGUUGUAGUUAGUCAUUCUAAAAUAUAUUCUCAAGUUAUUGAAGUUGUACAACAAUCUCCUUCGCUUCCUUUGUGGAAGUCUCCUUCGCUUCCUUUGUGGAAGUCUCCUUCGCUUCCUUCGUGGAAGUCUCCUUCGCUUCCCUCGUGGAAGUCUCCUUCGCUUCCCUCGUGGAAGUCUCCUUCGCUUCCCUCGUGGAAGUCUCCUUCGCUUCCCUCGUGGAAGUCUCCUUCGCUUCCCUCGUGGAAGUCUCCUUCGCUUCCCUCGUGGAAGUCUCCUUCGCUUCCCUCGUGGAAGUCUCCUUCGCUUCCCUCGUGGAAGUCUCCUUCGCUUCCCUCGUGGAA